UGUUAAUCUUCAGAUUGGACGCAUGCAUGUGUUAGAUUCCAACCCUUAUGGACCAGAGAUGGGUGGGACUAUCUGGAAAAAUUACCAUUGUAUACCUAUGGAUUUGGGUGAUAGGAAGGUUUCAUGGGCCAGGUUAAUGAUGAGUAGGCUCAAUCUAGUUAUUCAAAAUGCUCGACCAAGAUCAGCUCUCCCUGCUUUUUUGAAGUACCCUAUUGAACUCAUGAAUAACUGCCCAACAAUGAAAUUGGGGUCUAAUGAUUGUGGAUUCUUUGUCAUGAGAUAUAUGCAGAACUACGACUACAUGGUUGGAGCUAUGAAUGUAGUCAUUGAUCCGGAUAAUUCAGAGGACAUUCGCUCUCUUGUACUGCAUUACCUAAUAUUCCAUCGACUAAAUAGAAACAGCUUCGUGGUCUCCCAUCUGGAUAGAUUCAAGUUCUCUCAGUAGUAGCCUAGUAUAGUUUACUAUCUUAAUAUUAGUAUGAACAUCAUGGUCUGAUGGCUUUUGGUGGCUUCAAGUUAUCUCAGUUCUAGCUCAGUUUAGGGUAGUGUCACUGAAUGG